GUUUCAUUUAUUUACCAUUAUUAUUAUUUUGUAAACAGAAAACAAACAGAAAAUCUAUCAGAAAAGCACAAUAAGACGUUUAAUGAUCGUCAGUGGAAAGUUUCACCAGAAGUCCUCAGAGAAGAGUUUAACAAGUAAAAGGAUCCAUCCCUCCACCCCCUCCCUCCACCCCCCGUCCCAUUACACACUUUCUCUGAUUAUGAUUUACUGGGAGUAGCGUGUCCUGGUCACUGAAUGGCGAGUUACAGGGCAAUCAGUCUGUAUAACAGGCAGAUCAUCAGCAUCCCAGGCUGUCCCAGCCCUUCCUUCCAGGCACUUCCUUAUUUCCUCUCUACUCCUGCGCUGCUGGGAGGGCUGAGAGUUUAUAAAGCACAAACUUCUGAAAUAUGACACAGAUCUCAGUGAGUGAAGAUCAGCAGUUCAACAAUUUGGACACUCACUCCUCUGCAGCUUGGUGGAAAAGCCAGCCUUCUUGUCCCCAGACUUGUGUCAGCUGGAACACUGAGAUACAAUGUUGUUGAUUUUCCAGACCUUUUUGGGAAUCCUUGCCUCAGCUCAGUUGGCAAAUCUGGCUCCCUCUGAGCAGCAAUCUCCGGACUUUGUAUGCAUCAAUAAGUCGUGUUAUGUGAUAUCAUGGAACAGCAAGAAGUAUCAGGGGGCCAACAAGUUGUGCAAGAAGCAGAAUGGACAGCUGAUGGAAGUGAGGUCCUCAGUGGAGGCUGAGGUCAUCAACAUUCUAAUGGAGAAGGCUGAGAGAGAGUCCAGCAGGGUUUGGAUUGGACUGGAGUUACCUCCUCGCCUACAAUGCACAGAUCUCAGCAAACCUUUGAGAGGUUUUACCUGGACCACUGGUGACAGUAACACAGAUUACACCAAGUGGAAGGACAAUGAGAGGAAGUGUGGACCUCGCUGUGUCUCUGUCAACGAAAACCAAACCUGGGAAGAAUCAAACUGCGAAGACAAAACAGAUGGAUUUGUGUGCGUACUCAGUUUCCCCCAGUCCUGUUCGCCCAUACCCCCGUCUGAAUGGUUUGAUGUUACUUAUGAAACACCUUUUGGGUUGAGUGAUGGUAGCUCUUUGUUUCUGCCUCCAGGCACCUCUGCUUAUGUAUCAAAUAUCGCCUUCCCUCUUGUGUGCAAUAACACUGGAAAUGGCACUAUGCGGUGGACCUCUGAGACACCUGGAGCCUGGAACUGUGUGGUAGAAAAUGGGGGCUGUGAGUUUAUAUGUGAUGGUAUGGAGACACCAGUUUGUCAAUGUGAAACUGGACGUUUAUCCCUCAAAGAUGGUAGAACUUGUACUAGGCCAUGUGACUCCAACCCUUGUGAGCAACAAUGUGUCCAGAUGCGUGAAUCUGAAUACCAGUGCAUGUGUGAUGAGGGCUAUAAGUUAGUGAAUAGGACCAGGUGUCAAGAUAUUGAUGACUGCGGAGCCCACCCUGAUAUCUGUGACCAGAUCUGCAUCAAUACCCCUGGUAGCUUCCUCUGCAAGUGCCACCCAGGCUUUGAGAUGAUAGAUGGGCAAUGUGAAGACAUUGAUGAGUGUGACAUGAGUAUAUGUGAGGACCAGUGCAACAAUACAUAUGGUAGCUAUAGCUGUAGCUGCUCAAGUGGUUAUAUAGUAGAUGAUAAAAACCCCAAUAAGUGCAAGCAAUUCUGUGGUCAGCGGUCCUGUGAAGCUUUGUGUGAUCCAAAUGAUGGCUUAUGUAAUUGUCCAGAUGGGUACGUUCUGGAUGACUUGGGAGCAGAAGGCAAGUUCUGUGUUAAAAUUGACGAAUGCGAUUCUGAACCUUGCAAAGGAAUGUGUAUAAACAACCAUGGAUCUUUUGAAUGCAUUUGCCCAGAGGGCUUCACCCUAGAGAAAGACACAUCUUGCACCUUAAAUGAUGGACCAACAACAGAAAUGCCCCCCAUCCCAACUAAACCACCAACCCCUGAAAGCCUUACCCUCCAACCAGCCAUGCUUCUUGGCAUCUGCAUUGGCAUCUUGUCCAUGCUUACUGUUAUCAUAGCUAUCAUAUGUCAUAUGGUGAGAAAACACUACAUGGACAACCAUGCAAUGGACUACAAUGAGAAAAGUCUUGAGAAGGAGGUGGCAUUGCAACAAGUCAAGACAGUGCCCCAACACAAACUCUGAGAACAGGGGGGGGGGGAACUCUCUCAUUUGCUAGGGAGGGUGAAGACUAUGCAGGGUUUCUGAACUGGAAAAGGUGCCUCUGCUGAAACCAACAGGAUCAUUUCAAAUGGGCAAGUAGGGGGUUAACAAAAAAAAAGUAGAAAAAGGGUGAAUACAUGCACUCAUCUCCUAUGAUGCCUACUCUCUUAUUGCUCUUUGUUAGAGAUUGUAUUACAACAUGGGCAGGGAAUUACUAUUUCAAAGAAUAAAUAGGAAGUUUCAGUGUUAUGCAGACUGGUACUGGGACAUUAAAACUUCAAUGACAGAGUAAUGAGUUUCAAAUUCCUAUGUGACUAGAAGGUUACAUUUUGGGCAACUUUUUCAGUAUGAGGAGUAGAAUUAGAAAAGAUUGGAGUGUCUUGAUAUUUACAAUGUUUCAAUUUCCUAUGACUUGUGUAGAGGAUACAUUUUGGACAAAUGUUUCAAUGUGAGCAAAAAAAAUCAUGGGUGAGUUAUUUUAUUAUUAAAUUUACUAGAUUAAUUCAGUGUAAUAAUUGGGCAGAUGGUAGACCCUCUCCAAAUAUUGUAGAACUCCAACUCCCAUGAUGCUUUACCAGUCAUACGAAUAGGACACCAUAAUGGGAGUUGUAAUCUUUGCUAGCUAGGAGUCUACCUUUUGGCCACCUGUGCUGUGAAACAUGGUGAUCCAAUAUGACAAAUAAUUACAGGCAAUAGGAGGUGACUGGACAUUUAGGCCAUUAAGCAGUUCUCACCACAAGUGAAAUCCUAGGUAGAAAUAAAUGUAACUAUUUAAUAUUUGCAUUUGUUUUCACAACCCAUGUUCCAUUGUUAUUCCAUGUGUCCAGAGCAUUUUUAAUCAGAUUGAAAUGGUGUUUCAUGAAUGUAGGAACUGUGUUAAAUUAACCUUGUAGGUUAAAAUAUUCAAACUGGGGGAACAGUUGAUAGAGAGAUAUUUUUUUCUUUCCAUUAACCCAUUCCCACCUUAAAUUAAAAAUGCCUUAAUGCCAAUUCUCUAUAACUCACAAUUUAGUGAAUAACCCCCAAAUGUGUUGCCAAAGAAGGGAAUAAGUAUCAAUAAUUAGAAGGGCAUUUUCAUCAUGUGUUCCAUGUGUUGCUAUAGCAACAGCUUUAGCUUGCAUGGCAAAGUUGUUCAGAUAACUGCUGUUGAUGCUCUGAAUAGUUCUGCAAUGUUUUCAGUGUUUGAUUUGUAUGGGAGAAAUCCUUAGAUUUAUCCCAAAUAGGCUCUGUUCAGAAAAUCUAUUUAAAUUGGACUUUACAGUUUACUGUAAAUAAUGUAAUACAUGGUCUAUAGAGAAAAAAUAAGGCUUUGUAGCAGAAUUUUGAUCUAUACAUCUCAUUAUCAAACUAUGCUGCCUUGCCUUCAUAAAAGGGGGUGUGCAGAGACACCUCAUGCUCUUUUGAGCAGAUACCGCUGCCUGCAUUCUGCAAAAUCCCCAAGCUUUCGCUGACACUAAUAAUUAGUUAUCGGAAUAUUAAAAAAAUGUCAUUGACCACCGUUGAUGCCAACAGGCACACAGUGUGUUUAAAUAUGCACACAUAAUUCUAGAUCGGAUGGAUUCUGAUUGGGUCCUGAUUGGGUUUAGUAUGGGAUGUAAUAAUGCAGUUCCAUGAUUACAAUGAUCACUGGAGGAUGUAUACUUAUAAAUAAGUAAUCAGUGCUUGAAAUAUUCCUGGGCAUUUUUUUUUUCAUAAUGAUUUAUGUCCUGAGAUUUUCUCGAUCUUAACUAUUUUUUCUAAAAUGUUAGCACUCUUGUCAUAUCACCAUAACCUGCUAGCAAGUGAAUACACUCCCUUUAUUAUAUUAUAUUUGGAACAUAGAGGGUAAACCAUUAAAACAGGAAUUGGGGAGAACUGACAUGUAAGCUUUAUAUUCUAGGCCAAAAAUUCCAUACUAUAAAAGUUUUCAGCUUCUUUUUCAGCUAGGGUUUUUUGACAUAGAUUUUGCAGUUCCCUUGUCAGUUUUGUGCAGUGUGAGUAAUAAUUGUACAUCCUAGUUGUUACUACAGUCUUUCUACAAAAUCAAGACCGGGUCUUGUGUUAAUUUUCCCCCAUCAAAAAAGCACACGGACUUAUUUUCGGGGCAAAAUGGUAGCGAGUAUGUACUAGAAAGCAGGUCUACGUUUGGGGGAAUUCCCCCGAACAAAGAUGAGUUCACUAGUGCAUGGAAUCCCGCAAAUCUAUGUUCGAGGAAACUUCACCGAACAUAGAUUAGUUUACCAGCUCAUGGAAUCCCGCAAAUCUAUGUUUGGGGAAAAGUCCCCAAACACAGAUUAGCGAAUUAGUGACUAGCAAUUAGGGCUUAUUUUCGGGGUAGGGCUUAUUUCCAUUUCCCCCCGAAAAUAAGACAUCCUCCGAAAACAAGCCCUAGCUUAUUUUCGGGGGAUAUCUUAUUUUUAAGGAAAAAGGGUAGUUCAAAAUUUCAAAUUCACAAUGUAUUGUUUAAGCUACUAGCCCAGAAAGAGUUAGUCAUGUAAACAGAAUCUCGAUAACAUCCAACCAUACCAAACCACAUUCUCCUGUACAUAUUCCUGACUGGUUGCCAAGUCUUCUCAAUUUUAGCUAGGUACACGUUGACAGAGUAUAAUAAUAUUUUUCAAUGCCAGUUUAAAAAUAAAAAGUUUUAUUUUAGCACCAUAUUUUUUGUUUUUGUUUUGUUGCUUAUAUGUGAAUAGCUAUUUAUUUUGCAAACAUUGUACAGUCGCUAAUGUGUGUGGUUAGAUAUCAACAUUUAUUUCUUGGGAAUAAAAAAAAAAAAUGUAAAUAUAAUUUCUUCUCAAUAAAUACAUUUUAAAUUAUGUUACAAUAA